AUGGGAGGCCCCCGCAGCGUUGCCUUGUUCAUCUUUCACGUGCUGUGUGUCUUGCUGACUCUGUCGGAAGCUGGGUCCCAGAACACCAUGGCCUGUGCUCUGCAGUGCCCUGAAAACUCCUCAUGUGUCAAUGGCACCGCCUGCCGCUGCACUCCGGGAUUCAGUUCUUUAUCUGGGGAGAUCUUCACCAACAUCUUGGACAGCUGUGAUGACAUCAACGAGUGCGGACCACCCUUGACAGUGUCCUGUGGAAAAUUAGCAGACUGCCAGAACACGGAAGGGGGCUAUCACUGCACGUGCAGCCCAGGAUAUGAGCUUAUUUCUGGGGCAACAAUGUUCAAGAAUGAGAGUGAGAACACGUGUCGGGAUGUGGAUGAAUGCCAGCAGAAACCCAAAGUCUGUAAAGGCCACAGCACCUGCAUCAACACGCAGGGCAGCUACAUCUGCCAGUGCCCACCUGGCUUGGAGCUCAACCUGGAGGACCCAAGACUGUGCACAGUUGUGAAUGAAUGUACCUCGGGGAGAAACCCAUGCCACAACUCCAGCCACUGCUUCAGCCUCGUGGGCACCUAUAAGUGCCACUGCCGUUCAGGCUGGAAGCCAAUUCCUGGGGCCCCCAGCGGCCCAAACAACACUGUCUGCGAAGAUAUGGAUGAGUGCAGCUCCGGGCAGCAUCAGUGUCACAACUCCACCAUCUGCCUCAACACCGUGGGUUCAUACACGUGUCACUGCCGCCAAGGCUGGGUGCCCAAACCCGGAUUCCAGGAUAAGCAAAUGGGCACCAUCUCCUGCGAAGAGAUCUCCUUCCCCACCUGGACCGCACCCCCUGAAAUCAAGAGCCAGAGUCUCUCUGGCUUCUUUGAAAGAGUCCAGAAAAUGAGCAUAGACUUCAAGUCAGCCUUGCCCCAGGAAACCAUCCAGUACCUCAUCAUGUCACUGGAUGACCUGUUGAAAACCCCAGGGGACCUGGAGGCCUUGGACCUGUCUUCCAGGCACCACACAGCCACCUACCUGUUCUCAGGCCUCGAACAAAUCCUGAGGACCCUGGCCAAAGCCAUGUCUGGAGGCUCCUUCAUCUACCAUUCUCCUGGGGACACAGAGCUGUCCCUGAUGGUCCAGGAGCAGGGGAAUGGAAACAUCACUGUGGGCCAGAGCCAUGCACGGAUGCUGCUGGACUGGGCCGUGGCAGCUGGAGACGAGAAGUCCGGCCCCACCGUGGUAGGAAUCCUCUCCAGCCCAAACAUGCAGAAAUUGCUAGCCAACGCCUCUUUGGACCUGGACUUGGAGAAGCAAACCGAGCUGAAAGAGAUCUACGAAAGUCCUGUCCGCGGCGCCCAGCUCAGGCUUCUUUCAGCCGUCAACUUGGUCUUUCUAAGCAACACGAACACAGAUAAACUCAACUCCAAGGUCACCUUCGCCUUCUCCCACCCUUGGGAGAUGCCCGGGACAAGGCAGGAGCUGAUCUGUGCCUUCUGGAAGAGUGACAGCAACAGAAGAGGGUACUGGGCCACCUCGGGCUGCCAGACACUGGGCAGCGGAAAUGGCAGCACCACCUGCCAAUGCAAUCACCUGAGCAGCUUUGCCAUCCUCAUGGCCCACUACGAUGUGGAGGACUGGAAGCUGGCCCUGAUCACCAAGGUGGGACUGGCUUUAUCGCUGGUCUGCCUGCUGCUGUGCAUUCUCACCUUCCUGCUGGUGCGGCCCAUCCAGGGCUCGCGCACCACGGUGCACCUGCACCUCUGCAUCUGCCUCUUCGUGGGCUCUACCAUCUUCCUGGCGGGUAUCGAGAACGAAGGCGGCCAGGUUGGGCUGCGCUGCCGCCUGGUGGCCGGGAUGCUGCACUACUGCUUCCUGGCCGCCUUCUGCUGGAUGAGCCUCGAGGGCGUGGAGCUCUACUUCCUCGUGGUGCGCGUGUUCCAAGGCCAAGGCCUGAGAAAGCGCUGGCUGUGCCUGAUAGGCUACGGCGUGCCGCUGUUCAUCGUGGCCGUCUCGGCGGCCAUCAAGAGCCAGGGCUACGGCCGCCCCCAGUACUGCUGGUUGGACCACGCCAACGGCUUCCUCUGGAGCUUCCUGGGACCUGUGACCUUCAUCGUUUUGUGCAAUGCUGUCAUCUUCGUGAUUACUGUCUGGAAGCUCACUCAGAAGUUUUCUGAAAUCAACCCAGACAUAAAGAAACUAAAGAAGGCCAGGGUGCUGACCAUCACCGCCAUCGCCCAGCUCUUUGUGUUGGGCUGCACCUGGGUCUUCGGCCUGUUCCUCUUCGACCAACAUAGCUGGGUGCUGUGCUACACCUUCAGCAUCCUCAACAGCCUGCAGGGCCUCUUCCUCUUUGUGCUGUACUGCCUCCUCAACAAGAAGGUGAGGGAGGAGUACCGGAGGUGGGCCUGCAUGGUCACCAGGAACAAGUACUCCGAGUUCGCCACAUCCAUCUCUGGGUCUGGCUCCAGCCAGAGUCAGGCUCAGGCCCUCAGGUCCUCAGAGUCUGGCAUGUGA